UCCAAUAACACUUAGUUAAGGUCAAUUGGUAUUUCUAAAUAAGUGUCGUGUCGAGUGCACGCACCCUGCCAAAUUACACGAGUACGCUAGUGUUAUCCAAAUAAAAGGUUAUUAUCGAAUCUUUCGUAAGGAUCUUUGAAAAGAAUACACAGAGAUGGCUGAUCCCUGGCAAGAAUGCAUGGAUGUUGGCAUUGAGAUUGCUAGAAAUGCAGGAGCACUAAUCUGUGAAGCCCUAAGAAAUGAAGUAUCUUUUAUGACAAAAUCCUCCCCUGUGGACCUUGUAACUGAGACUGAUAGAAAAGUUGAAGCAAUGAUUAUUUCUUCAAUAAAGAAGAAAUUUGAAACGCACAGUUUUAUUGCAGAAGAAUCGGUUGCUGCUGGGGAAUCCAGCUUACUGACUGACGAGCCUACCUGGAUAAUUGAUCCAAUAGAUGGGACUACAAACUUUGUGCACAGAUUCCCAUUUGUGGCAGUAUCCAUUGGCUUUGCUGUCAAAAAAGAGUUGGAGUUUGGAAUCAUUUAUAGCUGCCUUGAAGAUAAAAUGUACACUGCAGGAAAAGGCAAAGGGGCCUUUUGUAAUGGAGUGCAACUGAAAGUCUCAGAGCAAGAAGAUAUCACUAAGUCCCUUGUAAUAACUGAAAUUGGAUACAAACAGGAUCCACACAUUAUGGAGCUGAUGCUUUCAAAUAUGGAAAGAAUUCUGGGCAUUCCAGCUCAUGGUAUUCGGGCUGUAGGGACAGCAGCAGUUAACAUGUGUUUGGUGGCCUCCGGUGGAGCUGAUGCUUAUUACCAUAUUGGGAUCCACUGCUGGGAUAUGGCAGCAGGUGUCGUAAUUGUUACAGAGGCCGGAGGUGUUGUCCUGGACAUAACUGGAGGACCGUUUGAUUUGAUGUCCAGAAGACUGAUUGCAGCAAGCAGUAGGGCGGUCGGAGAAAGAAUUGCCAGGGAAAUUCAAGCCUUCCCUUGUGGAAGAGAUGACAGACAGAACAACCUGUCAAACUGAUGGCUUAUUGAUGAAAUAAACAUUUUAUUUAUUGUUGUCCAA